CACGUGGGAAUCACCCCUAAAUGAACUGGAUAUGCUGCCUCCAAUCUGGAGAGAUGGGGCUUUGCUUUUCUGCUUGGUGGCAUCUUGGGUGACUUGGGGAAAACCUCAGAGCCUUUGGGCCAGGCUGUGGUUCCCAGGGAGCUGUUGCUUUGCUAGUGGCAUGGCAGGGAGGCACGACAGGCAAUGGGACAGAGACGGGACAGUGGGUCUGGGCUGGGGGGGCAAGCCAAGGUGUGUGCAGUCCAGUUCCUGGACCCCUGCUUGGUCCAUUUUGCAUGAGCUGGGGAUUUCUGAGCACCAGGCGAGCCGGGGAAGCACCAGGGUGCCUUCCCGGGCAGCUGCCCCCGUAGCUGGGGCAUGGGGGGCUCCAUUCUGCUGCUGCUCUAGAGACAGGUGCUUGAGUGCUGCCUCGGAGGAUGCUCCCAUCUCUUGUGGGUUUGCACAAGGAAGAUUCGGCAGCAAGGAGAUGCCACUGAGAGCCCAGGACUUCUCUGUAGCUCCCCCAGCCCACGUGUUGGGCCUUGAUCCCCCUCCUGGCGUCUUGUCUUGGCUCGUUUCCUGGAAUUUUCCAUCGUUUGGGUUAUAUUUGGGAUAGGCAGCCAAUAACCCCGUUUCUCACGGACAGCCCAGCUGGGGCUUGGCUCCAGCAGGAAGCACAGAGGAAGCGGGGCCAGCGCCCCAACACUGUGCUCCCCAGCAUCCUCCGUCUGCAACCCCCCUUUUCUUAGAUGAUGAAAACUACACGUGGCUGUUGUGAAGGCUGGAAAAAAGGGGAUACAUUCCCCUCUCUAGGACCCCUGUAUGCCCUCAGCCCCUGGCUAGAUUGGGGCUGGGGUGGCAAGGGAUGCUUGGGAGAGGCAGCUUUUGGCCUUUGGGGCACUUGUGAUGCGCUUCCAAAUCCACCAAGAACAAGCCUGGUUUGCGAAGAUGUUCUUGGACAGGUUGAAGUCCAGACUUUGCAACAGAAUUUCUCUGGGAUUUGAAGGGAAGAUCAGAGACAGUGCUGUUGAGUCAGCAGCCAGACAGUAACACUUCCUAGAGUGGUGAAAAGCCAGCCAAGCCCUGGGGCCAGCUGGUUGCUGCUCUGGCUGCCCAUCUGGAGGCUGUCUGGCUGUUCUGGGGCUCUGGCAGAGGGUGGCUGAGGUACCUGCCCUGCUUCUCCGCUGGGGAUGGGGCAGGAUGUGAUUUCUACCCAGCCUGUGGUGCGGAGAAGGGAAUCCCCUAAAGCAGAGAAGCAGAAGUAGAUAUCUGGGUGGCCGAAGGCAAGAUCCCCCUGGGGAAGCCCAAGGGGGAUGUGCAGAAUCGAUAGUGCUCGACCUCUGCUUUGCUCUGCGGACCCUGGGGCAGCGUGGAUCUGCGCUCUCCCCCCAUGGCCUCGUCCCAAAGCAGGGGUCCCCCUGCGGGUUGCCCGUGGUGUCAUAGCGCUGGUUCUGCUUCACGGCUGUUGCAUGGCUGGCGAGGGCUGGAACCUGCUGCUAAAGCGGCUGCUUGUGGUUUCCAGUCAGAUGCUUGUGCGAGUGUGUAACUGUCUCGGGCAGGAUCCAGAGAGGAUGUGCUCGGCACUGGAGCUGCUGGUGUCAGAGCCUUCCCCUCUCCUUACCCUCCACCAUCAUUAAUGCUUCCCGGGGACACCUGUAAAGCACUUUUCUCCUUGAAGCCUUUGCUUUUGCAGUCCUAAAUAUUAAUAUAAAGGCAGCCUGGGCAUGGACAGGAGUUUUGAAGUUGGGGAAACUGAGGCAGGGAAUGUGGGACUGUCCCUGAUGUCCAUCACUCUGGAGACUGGCAAUGUGUUGGACUGAUCCUUCCUGUUGGGUGAUGGCUAAAGUAUAUUUGGGGUCAAAGCUAGUGGUUUUGGUUGGUGACGUUGCCUUGCGCCUGCAUGAUCGGGGAAGGAAGCCCCCUCCUGCCUCUCAGCCUGCUUUUCCCUUCUGUUUUGCCAGUUUCUAAGCAGACCUUUCAGAGUCGUUUUUAAUUUACAAAAAGCCUUCGCCCUGCUGCGUUCCUCUGUGGUUUCCAAAUGAUAAAAAAAGAAAGAAAAAAGCUUAAGUAAAAAAAAAACCAAAACAACUCUCAAAUCUGAAAUUAGCAGCUUAGUUUGACCCUGAACUAACAUCCCCCCCAUCCAGUUCAUUUCCUUUCAUCUCUGGACCUGCCAGCAAUCUAGGAAAUCAGUUUUUCACGUGUCUCUGCCUGCUACAUCCCCAACAGCGGCCCUGCCUUGCCCUUGCAAAGCUUAACUCUGCGCUCAUUUAGCUCUCGCUAAACCCAACUGAGUUUCGCUUCUGCUGCCGCCAGCAAAAGCAGGAGCAGGACUGAAGCCAGCAGCCUUCGCAGCCCUGGACAGGGUUUUGUGGCCAUUCAGCUGGGUUUGAAGCCAGCCCUCUGCACAGCCGAGGCUAUUUUGGAAACCUUCACCUCUGAAGACCCCUUGGUUUUCACAUUGUGCAGAACCUCUGUCCUCACCCUGGCUGGCCCUGCCCGUGAUGGCGUUGUGUCUUAAGCAAGUCUUCAACAAAGACAAAACAUUUCGUCCUCGAAAGAAGUUUGAGCCGGGCACCCAGCGCUUCGAGCUGUACAAGAAAGCCCAGGCCUCCCUCAAGUCCGGGCUGGACCUGAAAGCGGUGGUGCAGCUGCCUCCCGGCGAGAGCAUCAACGACUGGAUCGCCGUGCACGUGGUGGACUUCUUCAACCGCAUCAACCUCAUCUACGGCACCAUGUCGGAGUAUUGCACGGAGAAGAGCUGCCCCAUCAUGUCAGGAGGGCUCAAAUAUGAGUACAGGUGGCAGGACGAUAGCAAAUAUAAGAAGCCGACCAAGCUGUCGGCCCCACAGUACAUGUGUAUGCUGAUGGACUGGAUCGAGAUGCUCAUUAACAACGAGGACAUCUUCCCCACCAGGAUAGGUAUUCCCUUCCCCAAGCAGUUCCAGCAAGUUUGCACUAAGAUCCUCACCCGCCUCUUCCGCGUCUUUGUCCACGUCUACAUCCACCACUUCGACAGCAUCAUCAACAUGGGCGCUGAGGCUCACGUCAACACAUGCUACAAGCACUUUUACUACUUCAUCAAGGAGUUCAGCCUCGUUGACCACCGGGAGCUGGAGCCUUUGAUGGCCAGAGUUAGUCCACAUGAAUCCCAUGACAGAGGAGACUCCUGCCUGCAGAGGUGCCUGUUCCCUGUACGUGACUAUGGGAGGCCACCAAGCAUCUGGAGGGAGCACAUCUGGAGCAGGACAGCAGAAAGAAAUGACAGAACGGAUUUGCCACUGAAGCAAAUUUUGGCAGGUGAACUCAGCUGGCUCAUUCGGAGUCCAACGGGACAAGGCACCCUAUGGUGGGAAACCUCUCCCCAAGGACUCCCCCUGGGCAUUUCAACUCAAUGAACUAUGAACACUGCAGAAGAGCCUCUUCAGGCCAAGGACAAAUCCCAAGCUUGCCAAGCAUCUCUGCACAGAUUUUUAUUUUGUCUUAGAAAGCCACUGACUAAUUGGAGAAUGAGGCAAGUUUGGUUGACUUUUGCACACUCUGGUUUCUAAGACUCAACCCCAUGUCUGAGAACAUCCCUUCAGCUGCCUUUCCUCUUGUUUCGUCCUCAGCUAUACCAAUUUCCAAAUGUUUUAGCAGGGAUUUCUGCCCUGUGAGCGGGUGUGACCUCGGCUACCGAGUUAUGGCUGUUAUGGUUCCCACGUGCAGUGGGUUUGUGAUACCAUCUGAGAUCAGCUCUGCAAAGCUGGUGACGAUUGAUCCCAGCUGCCUUCAUGUGUUUGGGUGCUAAUGUACCAUUUUUAACCAUGAGCUCUGAGUGUCCCUUCUGCCCUGAUUCAUGCUUUACCAAAGGGACUGUUUUCUCCCCCAAGGGAUUGGCAGAAGGGACUUUCUGAUGUUCUAAGGUGCAUCCAAUGCUGCUUGGACUAAUGGCAAAGUGGCCCCAUGACAGAGGAAAUGAAACAAGCCACUUUUGUGACCAGCACGGUCUACCCGAGAAACACUCAGUGGUGGAAAGAAACUGUUGCGAGAAAACAACAUUUUUAACAUGUCAGUAUUUCCUGAUACUUGGCUCAAGAUCAGCACAUUCUGGCUGUAGAAAUUGUUCUUUUUCCACUAUCCAACCCUACAGCACAAUAAAUCAGGUGGAGAAGGGUUUUAAGAGACAUCUAAUCUGCCCUGUUCUUCCAAAAAGGCAAGAUCAGUCCUUCUCAAACCGUUUGAAAACACACUGUUGCUACCUGGUCUGUACCAUUAUUCCCCUGAAAGGUAUCACAUCUCAUCAUUUCUCCCCCUUCUGUUUGCAAUGCCCGAUAACUAGUGUUGAGUUCCCUGAGCCAUUUUUCUUUACUGUCUUUGGGGAGUCAAAAUCAGAUUGUCUGAGCCACAGAAGCGUUAUGUUUGUGUUUCCUGCCCUUUUUUUUCUGGGAAAGUUUUGUAUACCAGACACAGCUGAUAUUUAUAAUCUGGGGUUUGCCCAUUUUUGGGGUAGGGAGGGGAUGUGGCUAGAAAACAUAAAUACUUAGGCCAACAUGAAAGUGCACAAGUGAAUUUUUAGUCCUCAAAGCACUUAUUUUGUUGUGAAAAUUUAUUUUUUUUAAUCUUGUGUACCAGAUGUAUAUUUUUACAUGGAAAUAAAACAGAGCAAAAUGGACACAAAACCACCUCACACAUCAUUCCAAUAUUUUCUGUGUAAAAUAAUCAGUCAAGUCCAAACAUUUUUGUUCUGUUAUUAAUGAAAUAAAUGUGAAUAAGCCUGAAUAA